AUGUCCGAUCAGAGUCCCCUAUUGCUCCGUAGAAUCCCUCCUUUGUCUGCUUGUUUAAGUGAUCUCACUCCAUCGCUGCCACCGUAUCCGCGCCACUUUCAAGGCGUUGUUCUACCCUCUGCCUCAAUGAGCAAGCCCUCUAAUGUCUGGAUUCUCAUUUCGGCAUGGCAACCUAACUUGACGCUGCAGAUUCCCUUAUUGCUGUGCGGCAUGGUCACCGUGUAA